GAGUAUGAAAGUUGGUAAACUCCGCCCUCCUGUCCGCCGGAGGAAACGGUGCCUGCUGGACGCGUCACCGCACCUCACAGCCAUCGGGAUUGGUUAUUGCAGGAAGGGAUAUGAGGCAGCGUGUAAAAGCUUUGAGCCCCAAGACUUGGAUGUGUCUGUUGUGGGACGGUCUUUUAUGAUCACCGGAGCUAACAGUGGGAUUGGCAGGGCGACGGCCAUGGCUAUAGCCAAGAAAGGUGGGACGGUUCACAUGGUAUGUAGGAACAGAGAUAAAGCAGAAGAGGCCAGAGUGGACAUUGUCAGGGCGUCUGAGAACACGGAGGUUUACAUCCAUAUUGUGGACUUGUCAGAGACACGCAAAGUCUGGGAGUUUGCCGAGGCCUUCAAGAAGCAGUAUCCAUCCUUGAAUGUGUUGAUAAAUAAUGCAGGGUGUAUGGUGCACAAGAGAGAGCUGAAUGCUGAGGGCCUGGAGAAAAACUUUGCCACCAACACUAUGGGGCCGUACAUCCUCACCCAGAGUCUCAUACCACUUAUACAGAAGAGCCGGGAUCCAAGGGUGAUCACUGUGUCCUCGGGAGGCAUGCUGGUCCAAAAACUCAGAGUCAAUGACUUGCAGUCCAAGAAGGGAUACUUUGAUGGUGUCAUGGUUUAUGCCCAGAACAAGAGACAGCAGGUGGUGCUGACACAACAGUGGGCCAAAGCUAACCCGGUCAUUCACUUUUCUGUGAUGCAUCCAGGCUGGGUAGAUACACCAGCUGUCUCUACAUCUAUGCCUCAGUUCCACCACAUGAUGGGGGAGAGGCUGCGGGGUGUGGAGCAGGGAGCCGACACUGUCGUGUGGUUGGCCUUGUCUAGAGCUGCUUCCCGAACACGCAGCGGGCAGUUCUUUCAAGAUCGCGUGCCUGUUCCUGUCCACCUGCCUCUGGCCUGGACACACAGCUCCGCAGAGGAGAUUCAGCGUUUCAUGACUCAACUGGAGACUUUGGCUAGAGCCAUUCAGUCCCAACCUGAUGCAGAGCCCAAUGGUCCCUCCAGACCUCAGUUUGUCUGAAUUCUGAUGCAAAUGUUGCACCAUAUGUAACCAAAUAAAGCACUGGUAACAAUAACAUCCGUUUCUGUACAUGCUUAGACUCGUUGGUCUAACAUAGCUCUGAUUUCUGCACAGACAUAUUUUGAGGGUGGUGUACAGUUUAGUGUCACUAUGUGGUAUAUGGGCUGACUUAAAGGCAGAAGUAACUGAUUUUGACUGAAUAUGUUAUUGGCAUUCACUGAACACAUGUAAAAACAUGGCUGUCUGUCAUCUAGAUCACUGAUUCCCAAAUGUUUUCCUUAAGAGAUCCAUUUUCUAUCAUUGAGUGAACUGAUGAUCCCUGACUAAAUGAAAUAUUUCAUGGAUAUUAAAUUCAAUGCAUAACAAAAUCAGUACAGAACUGAUAAACUGUACAAUUAACCCAGUGAAAACUGCAGCAAGCUUGUGUUAAAGGACAGACGAUUAUUUCCU